CGAUAAUCAAUUUUUAUAUCUGGCAAGUCGUCAAAUUUUUGGCAUGGUUGAUCUUUACGGGACCGAGUGAAAUAAAACCGAAUUGUGGAAUUAUUAUGAAAAUGGAGUGGAAACCCGAACAAGAAGGAUUAAGGCAAAUAUUAACACUUCUCAAGGAGUCACAAUCACCCGACACAGCUACACAAAGAGCUGUUCAACAAAAAUUGGAAGAAUUGAAUAAGUAUCCCGACUUCAACAACUACCUAAUAUUCGUAUUAACUAAAUUAGUUACCGAAGAGGAGCCCACGAGGUCCCUGAGUGGUUUGAUUUUGAAAAACAAUGUGAAGGCCCAUUACAACAACUUUUUCCCUGAAGUAGCGGAGUUUAUCAAACGAGAAUGCUUGUCAGCAGUGGGGGACCCGUCUCCCCUGAUCCGUGCGACCGUGGGUAUCAUCAUCACCACCAUCGCGAGCAAGGGUGAACUCACCUCAUGGCCGGAACUCUUGCCAGCACUCUGUAACAUGCUUGAUUCACAGGAUUACAAUGUCUGUGAGGGAGCAUUUGGAGCGCUACAAAAAAUAUGUGAAGACACAGCAGAACUCCUGGACAGCGAUGCACUGAACAGGCCACUGAAUGUGCUGAUCCCCAAGUUCCUACAGUUCUUCAGGCAUUCGUCGCCCAAGAUCCGGUGUCAUGCCAUUGCCUGCGUCAACUACUUCAUCAUGGGCAGGACGCAGGCUCUCAUGGCUCAUAUAGACUCAUUUAUUGAGAACCUAUUCCAUUUAGCAGCAGACGAGGACCCGGACGUGAGGAAGAAUGUGUGCCACGCGCUGGUGUUGCUGCUGGAGGUGCGGCUGGACAGGCUGGUGCCGCACCUGCCCAAUAUUAUUGAGUACAUGUUGGUGAGAACCCAAGACCCCGAGGAGGGAGUAGCUCUGGAGGCCUGCGAGUUCUGGCUGUCACUCGCUGAACAGAGUGUCUGCAGAGAGGUGCUCGGCGGUCGCCUCAACGCCCUGCUGCCCGUCCUGGUGCGCGGCAUGCGCUACUCCGAGAUGGACGUGAUCCUGCUGCGGGGGGACCGCGACGACGACGCCGACGACGCGGAGCCCGACCGGGACUCCGACAUCCGGCCCCGCUUCCACAAGCCCCGCUCCGUCUCCGUCAAACACAACGGUACUGCACACUCAGGCGACAGCAACAUGGCCGGCGGCGAGUCCGAGGACGAGGAGGAGGGCGGCGACGACGACGGCUCCCUGUCCGACUGGAACCUGCGCAAGUGCUCCGCGGCCGCGCUGGACGUGCUCGCCAACGUGUUCGCGCAGGACCUGCUGCCGGUGCUGUUCCCCAUCCUCAAGGAGACGCUGUUCCACGAGGACUGGGUCAUCAAGGAGAGCGGCAUCCUGGCGCUGGGCGCGGUGGCGGACGGCUGCAUGGGCGGCAUGGUGCCGCACCUGCCCGACCUCGUGCCCUACCUCGUGUGCUGCCUCGGCGAGCGCAAGGCGCUGGUGCGCGCCAUCACGUGCUGGACGCUCUCGCGCUACAGCCACUGGGUGGUGGCGCAGUCCCACGACCUCUACCUGCGCCCCGUCAUGACCGAGCUUCUAAAACGAGUUCUGGACAACAACAAGCGCGUUCAAGAAGCCGCCUGCUCCGCCUUCGCCACCCUCGAAGAAGAAGCAUGCACAGAGCUUGUCCCAUACCUCGGCUACAUCCUACAAACGCUGGUCUUCGCCUUCGGGAAGUAUCAGCACAAGAACCUGCUCAUACUCUAUGAUGCUAUCGGAACGUUGGCAGACUCUGUUGGUCACCAUUUGAACAAGCCAGAGUAUAUUCAGUUACUGAUGCCUCCGCUAAUCAAUAAGUGGAAUGUGCUGAAGGAUGAGGAUAAGGACUUGUUUCCGUUGUUGGAGUGUUUGUCGUCGGUGGCGACGGCGCUGCAGUCGGGGUUCCUGCCGUACUGCGAGCCCGUGUUCCGCCGCUGCGUCGCGCUCAUCGAGCAGACGCUCAACCAGAACAUCGCAAACAGUCAAAGCCCUGAACAAUUCGACGCCCCGGAUAAAGACUUCAUGAUCGUAGCCCUCGACCUGCUCAGCGGCCUGGCGGAAGGCCUGGACGGACACAUCGACAAAUUAGUCCUGCACUCCAAUCUCAUGCAGCUGCUUUACCAAUGCAUGCAGGAUCCUAUGCCGGAGGUGCGGCAAUCCUCGUUCGCGCUGCUGGGCGACCUGACGAAGGCGUGCUUCCAGCACGUGCACCCCUACAUCCCGGAGUUCCUGCCCAUCCUCGGCUCCAACCUCAACCCCGAGCUCAUCUCCGUCUGCAACAACGCCACGUGGGCUAUCGGCGAGAUCAGCAUUAAACUAGGACCGGAGACGUCGCAAUAUAUCCCCCUUGUGCUAAACCAUUUAGUAGAAAUAAUCAAUAGGCCUAACACGCCCAAAACACUAUUGGAAAAUACAGCGAUAACUAUCGGUCGGCUAGGUUAUGUGUGCCCACACGACGUCGCACCCGUAUUACAUCAAUUUGUACGCCAGUGGUGUUCGUCGCUGCGGAACAUCCGAGACAACGACGAGAAGGACUCGGCGUUCCGCGGCAUCUGCCAGAUGAUCCAGGUCAACCCCGGCGGAGUCGUGCCGGACUUCAUGUUUUUCUGCGAUGCCGUGGCGUCCUGGACACACCCUAAAGACGACUUGAAGGAAAUGUUCACGAAGAUCCUGCACGGGUUCAAGAAUCAAGUCGGUGACGACAACUGGCGCCGCUUCACCGACCAGUUCCCCGUGCAGCUUAGCGCGCGCCUGUCCGCCAUGUGCGGCAUAUAGGCCGCCGCCGCCGCACUAUGGGGAACCAAUGUCAAAUCGGGUCGGGUACGACAUUGCGGAGGCUCACGUUGCCUCCGAGCGUAGGGAUCCUCUCCAAACACCGAGCACGACGCGGCGGCCGGCACACGGUGGUUGGAGAAACGAGAACAUCUCAAGAGGCCCCUGACGGGCACGACGUCAGGCGGGUGCUCGGGGAGUACGAUCCCCGUCGGCCGCGGGCGGUGGUGAACCGCCGGCGUGUCGUUAGGUGCGGAGUAAUGCAUGAUAGUCCUAGCGUAGCUGUAGUUCAGAUGAGUCUUGUAUUUUUUUAAUCGUUUUCGAGGCUCGGUUCGUUUCGACCGGGUUCUUCCGGGCCUCCUGUACAAAUAGAUUUGACGAUUAUAAAUUUUAAUUUAAGUGUCUGUACAUCGAAUCGAUGCCAUCAAGUGGGUUCGCGGUGUCAGAUUUGCAUGAGUUUUCUAUCUCGAACCGCUUUAGUUGUCUCAUAAACCGAUUAGGUCCGUGACCGCACAGUGAUGUUUAGAGUUCGAGUCGAUCGAGGCCGUUCCUGCUCAAGAACUAACAAUACCCUUGUGUUCAGUUCGAUCUUUAAUACUAACAUUGAAUAACCUUAAUGUUCAAACCGUUAAAAGUAAGUAACAAUAUUUACUAAAAAGUACAUUGUCGCACUUUUGUCGUAAACGUUAUUUUUCAAAUAAUUUGCCUGUUUUCAGUGAAACGUUCAAUAUCAUGUGUAGUGUUAAAUGAAUGUGUUAACGAUUUUAAUACAUAAAAGUAUAAAUUACAAGACUUAGUGAAAUCGAGAAUUUAUGUCAACUGUGAUUUGUGACUGGUUUAUUUUGACUAAUAUUUGUGUACGAUUAUAUGUCUGUGUCGAUAUAGAUAUGAUGUACGGCUUUGAUAGAGUAUAUGACUGCUAGAUUUCUGCUAUAUAAUAUACCAAAUAGUAUUUUUACGUUGUAUAUUGUUUUAAUGGAUUCGCAUGUAGUUGUUGGCCGAGCCGAGCCUCGUGGUGGGGCCACCGGAGUGCCACACGAAGCCCCCAGGGCCGACUCUGCCCGGGCAACUGGAUGCAUCAUAUAAAUUACUAUUUAUGUGUAUAUGAAAUGAAAAAUAUUAUGUAUAUGUAAAUACAUAUUACGAUGUAUAUUAUUAUUAUUAUAUGCGAGUAAAAUUGUUAUUUUUGAUUUAUAAAAGCUGAAAAGUCUGACUUUAAAACGCUCGUUAUUAUCCAUUAGUUUUGUUUUCAGACGUAUCGGGGCUCUGAAAUUCGAUAGUCGAAAUGAAUGGUAUUCGUACCGUGCGCGAUCGAAGCGGUGUUCGCGCAAAUAAUAAAUAUUAGUAAGGGUAUUUGGUACAUUCCGAAGGAAUAUCGUAUAAUUUGGCGUCGCACGGUAUAUAUUUGGUUCGAGUCGUGUUUGUCGCGUGUUGUCGGUCCCGUCCCUCCCUCCAGUUCCUCCCUCUAGUCCCCGCCGGGCCGCCGGUCCCCGUAGGAAUGAUAUCCCCAGUAGCAACAAUUUAUCCUCAAUUCGUCCAUACGUAUUUUCUCGAAAUUAUACCCGUGAUGCCGAUUGCUUUCCCAGGUAAUGUUGGGACGCGUGCAAUGUCAGGAUGGCUGUGUCGGAGACGGUGAAUUGCUUACAACGCCAUCUAUCGGAUUAAUUGUAACUCUGACUGUUACAUAUUUCAUUAGAAUACUAAGCACAAAAUCGAUGAGUAAGUAGCAAAUUUAAAUCGCUUGUACAUAGCAUAAAUACGAGUACAGUACUAAACAUUAUUGUAAAAUUAAAAUGCUAAAAGUCAUGUUCCUGUUCUUUAUUUAAACGUUAAAUAUUCGCAUUGCACCACACAACCAAAACUGCGUUCAAUUUAAUAAACGAAAGUCACUUUAAGUAAAUAAGUACCUAAGUAUUCAUUAUUGGCUGUGCAUCACAUAAUUAUAAAGCAAAACUGGAAAAAAACGGUUCAUAUCUACAGAAAUGUAGCGACAUUUACAUUAUAAAAUUAUAAACACUAUAAUGAGUCCGACGAAUUGAGAAUAAAUGACAGCACCACAGAAUUUAAAGUUUAAUUUUAAGUGGAAUACAUUAGUAUGAUGGUUACGGGUGACCUCUUAUUAUAUUUAAGGCUAGUAGAUUGUUUUUAUUUUCUAAAAGAAACCGUGAUAAUAGUUGGUAACGUGGUUGUGUGCGUGAGAGUCCCCGGCGGCGUGUGCGUGCGCGUGUGUGUGUGUAUGUGUGUGUGUGUGUGCGUGUGUGUUGCGACGCGUAUAUUACGUUGUGCAUGUAUCAUAUGUAGCGUAUUGUAUGUAAUAUGUGUAUUUUAUAAAAGUUAUUUAUUGAGAGCAAUAAUCGUCUUGUCGAAAUUCAUUCAUCAUUGAUGUCAUCCUAUACGACGCUUAAUGUUGUUAAAUUGAGAUUUAAUGUUCAUGUCAUUUUCAAACCCCCCGUUAUCUUAUCAAUAUUGCAAUUCAUUGAAAAUAAGGGUUGGCAAUACUAUCUACCACAAGGAACCCUAACUGCACCGUCGGUGCCCAACUUCGCCGAAUUAAAAUAUAAUGGUACUUAAUAAUUUUACCAAGAAAUAUAUAUUCAUUAAAUUCACAAUAAACAUAACUGCGUAAAAAAGUAAAAAUAUAUAAUUCUUAAAUAACCAUCUUCGCCACCCG